ACGUGUCUGUCAGAAUGAAAAGUGACUGACGAAGCACAAAUCGAAAAACUGGUCGAGCGAUUGGGACGAGAAAGCAGGAAAAGCCAAGGAAAAAACUGAAAACUCUUCCAUUAUGGCAGCAGGGGUCGUGUACAAUCAGUGGAAUCGUGAUGAAGAGCACAAUCAGUUCAUCUGCCCCAUUGUCUACACAAAUGAGAUGCCCACUCCUCCGAAGGAUUGCAAAUAUCUGCCCUGUGGCCAGAUUAUCCGGGAGUAUGGAAAGGAGCCGGUUUUGAUUCACAAGCUGGAGACUCGCUUCUCGCAACUGUUCAAAGGGCUUCAUGAGCUCUUCAAAAUUGAUUUGAUGGAUCAGAAGGCUUACGACGAGCUGCCCGGCAAUGUGCAGCCAAUGGAUCCACGGGAUGCAGCUUUGCUCAAGGACAUUGAAGCCCUGGACUGUGGCUACACCAGACGCAUUCACGUCCAGGAAUGUGGACAGAUGUUCGCCAAGGAGCGAGUGCAGCCACCUCGUCCUCGUACUCGACUACAGCGUUCUGUGGCGAUGCUCAGGGCUCCAAGCAACCUGGAGCCCAUCAGCCUGGAGCUGCAGAAGGCGAUGAUUGAUGGCAGCUUCAGGGAUAUUAAGAAACCCCUCUUCAGACAUCCCACCAAACCGGGUAGCAAUGCCCGUCCGGUGAUGACUCUGCCCGUCUUUCCCGAUACGGAUUUGCAGCACUAUCGCUUCGUUCAGAUGAACUUUGAUAUUCCACCGCACGAUAACAACCAGAACCUAAUCAAGGACUGCGGCAGCUGCCUGAUCAACUUCCGUUACAUCCAGGACAUUGCGGAGACCAUGGAAAAGGUUUACCUAUCCGACCAUCGCUACAAAGAGGAAAAAGCCGGCGAUAAUUUGGAACGCUCUGAGCGUUUCAUACUCCGCGAGGAAGGUGGUGUCAUCUAUUACGUAAGUGUGGACAAAUACAUCAAGUUGAGGCGGGAACGUCCACGCCCCCAGGCCUCGGCUAACAAGUGUCUGCUGCAGGUCACGCGUGUGGAAAUGGAAACAAUGUGAGGGGUCAUUGGUUUUUGGCAGGUUUCCUACUCGAAAACAAACUGCCCGACGAUGAAAUAAAGCUCUUAACAUUUCUACGUAACACUCGAAAAUUGAAAGAAAAUUUAAUUGGAUAUACUUGAGACUUAGAGCUUAGUAAAUGAAAAUAAAACAAGGCUGAGUGCUUCUUUGAAAUUUAA